GCCUGUGCCUCCUAGUCCUAACAGGACCUCUGCUUUGAUUUGGGUAUCGUUGUUUUCACCUUUUUGUGUUACUGCGUUCUAUCUUGUGCACUUCGUUUUGUGCGUUGUGCGUUUUUUUUUUUUCUGGUAGCCCAGCAAGCGUUGCUUUAUUCUUUUGACUUUCUUUUCGUAUGUUUCUUCUGUUUUCGCGAUGUUCUACGCGUACGUACAUUACCCCGCCGACAAAGAGAAGGCGAUCAUGCCUGUGUGCCUGAUCAAGGAUUAUAAUCCAAAAACGGAGACUGACAUCCCUAGUGAACCGGUGCAAGCGUAUUGGCGCUCCGAGGCCGGCCUUGAAGAAGGCUACUACGAGGCGAAAGUGGUCCUUCUUGCAAAAUCGAAGAGGGCACUUCUCGAGGAGAUGGCCCACAAGAAGCGACUGGUUAUUCCCCAGAUUUUUGAGGAACCAGUGCAAGCAUCAACAUCAGGUUCUGCGUCCAACAAGAACUUGAAACAACGCAAGGCUCUUGCCAAGAGGAAACAGAUGGCGAGCAUUCUAAGUAAGAAGAGGCCUUUAGCAGGAGACUCAACCGAUGACGAGGACCCUGCAGUUGUGCCGAAGUCGGAGCUAGAUAGGGCUGAAGAAGCUCUGCGAUCUCUGCGGAAGAGGCUCCGCAAGGCGGAGGAAAAGUCUUGUGCCACAUGCGCCGAAGGCGUUGUGUCGAAAGCCGAACAUGACGCAGCUCUUGGAAAAAUUGAGGAGCUUCAAAAGAAACUAAAGGAAGUAGAGGAUUCCAACUUUCGACUCAUGCGUGUCGUCCUCGACAAGAUCGGUGUGUCUACAAUGCUGUACCGCACAACUGGGGCAUCGGGCAGCACGCAAGAAUUGACAGACUCCGAGGAGUGUUCCCAUCUGCAACCUGCAGGGAACCUAUCCCCGCUCCCUGUGGAGGCUACAGAGUCUGAGGAGGUUCCUCCCGCUGAACCACACAGUGAUGCCGGGGCUGCUGGCUGUGGGGAGUCUGGGGAUGUUCCUUAUCCUCCGCUUCUUGCUGUCCUGGAUGGUCAAGUUCAUCUCGGCCACGGCAUAACUCUGGCGGAGGCCACGAUGACCCACGCUCUCACCCAUGCGUCCACUCCUGGACGGUUCGUGAGAAUGGUCAGUCGAGGCCUCUGGGAGCCUGCAGCGCUGUUUGACCGGAGCGUCACCGGACAAGCCUGCAGGCGCCUUCUCAAAAAUGGGGCAGUGGGGAAGACACCCCUCACCCCAGAAAAGAUUGAUGCCGUCAUUGCUGCGUUUGGCUGCUAUGCAGAAAAGCAGGCCAAAAUCAAGAAAGACAAGGAGGACAGCAAGAAAGACAAGGAGGACGGCAAGAAAGACAAGGAGGACGGCAGCAACAAGCCAGGUCCCAAGAAAGGCAAAGAGCCGUCCGUCAGGGACGUGGUGAAAAAGCUCUUAGGUGACUAUUUGGUCGAUAAGAACAGGGAAGAGGAGAGGGCGAAGAAGAACACAAAGAACGACCACGAAUCUCCGUUAGCAGUUCCCCCACCCUAAA